AGCCAAUAGGAGGAGGGUUCUUUGCGGGCUCACGCGCGACGCUGAACAUGGCGCCACCAGCUCGGUACUGCGUGCCCGGAGAACGGCUGUGCGGAGCGGACGGAAACGCGGCGGGGAGCGGCACCUACGUGCGGAACGGCAACAUCUUCGCUGCGCUGAGCGGAUGCGUGCGGCGCUGCGAGCGGGACGGGGCGCUGCCCGUGGUGUCGGUGGUGCGGGAUGCAGAGGCGCAGCUGCUGCCCGACGUGGGCUCCGUGGUGACGUGUAAGGUGUGCAGCAUCAACUCCCGGUUUGCCAAAGUGAACAUCCUGUACGUUGGCUCCACGCCGCUGAAAUCCACCUUCCGUGGCACCAUACGGAGGGAAGACAUUCGAGCUACUGAAAAGGAUAAGGUAGAAGUCUACAAGAGUUUCCGCCCCGGUGACAUAGUCCUGGCCAAAGUCAUCUCGCUGGGGGAUGCACAGUCCAACUACCUGCUGAGCACGGCAGAGAACGAGCUGGGUGUGGUGGUGGCACGCAGCGACGCAGGGGUGCAGAUGGUGCCUAUCAGCUGGUGUGAGAUGCAGUGCCCACAGACGCACACCAAGGACUUCCGUAAGGUGGCCCGUGUGCAGCCUCAGUUCCUGCAGACAUAGCAGCCUCCUCAGGGGUACAGGGACCCCAGGAAAGAGAGCUGCUAUGGUGGGGUCCAGCAUCUUCCAUACAGCAGGAUGGGUUUUGUAUUUGUGCUGUAAGUAAUAAAUAAACGUGGUUUUUUUGAGA